CGGAACACCACGACGGAGCCGCCGUGGACCUGCCCUACCCGCCCGACGCGCUGCCCGCCGCGCGGGACGUGGCGACGCCGUACGGGUCGAUCCGCGUCUACGAGUGGGGGCCCCAGACCGGGGAGAAGGUCUUGCUCGUCCACGGCAUCAGCACGCCGGCGGUGGCCCUCGGGGACCUCGCCCACGAACUGGCCCGGAGAGGGUAUCGGGUCAUGGUAUUCGACCUCUUCGGUCGUGGGUACUCUGAUGCGCCCGACGAUCUUCCCUACGACUCGCGGCUAUAUGCGACGCAGAUCCUCCUCGUCCUCGCAUCGUCUAACCUACCGUGGACGACGCCGGCGGGAGUGGGAGCAGCGUCGUCCGGCGGGUUCCAUCUGGUGGGAUACUCCCUCGGCGGCGCCCUCUGCGUCGCUUUCGCGCGCUAUUUCCCACACUUAUUGCGCUCGCUCGCCCUCGUGGCCAGCGCCGGCCUCAUCCGGUCGCAUCACGUCGGUUGGCAAAGCCGGUUUCUGUACAACAUGGGCCUGCUGCCAGAGUUCCUGGUCCGGCGGCUCGUACGUAGGAGGAUUCGGCCUAGCGUUACCACUACCAUGACUACGACUACUAGUAGUACCGCUGCCGUUGAGAAGCAGGAAGAGGGAGGAAGAAAACUUCCCCGCUUGGGGCAAGGCGCGGCAGAUGAUGUGGAUAUUGUGUCGGCUGAGGUUAAGAAGCCAGGCUUUCUACCAAUUAAGGAUGGCGACGUUAACGGGGGUGACGACUUCAAUGCCGCGGCCAUCUCCAGAUCCCGGCCCGGCGUCACGGUGGCCUCGAUCGUGCGGUGGCAAGUCGAUCACCACGCCGGGUUCAUCGGGGCCUUCGUGAGCACGAUACGCAACGCGCCUAUCUAUGCCCCGCAGGAGGACUGGGGCUUCCUGGCUACCGUACUCGCCAGGGCCAGGAGGCGAGCGCGAGAAGCGGAGAGCGAGGAGGGGAUCGCGGGGAUCGAAUCCCCGCUCUUGUUGUCGGGGCUCCGGGCCGGAAAGGUCCUAAUGGUCCUUGGCGAGGAUGACCCUGUCAUCGUCAAGGACGAGGUAGAAGAAGACGUCCGGAAAGUUCUAGGAUCCGAGGGGGUCGAAUUCGCGGUUCUUCCGGGCGGCCACGAAAUACCUAUCACGUCAAGCCACGGCGUCGCGGAAGCUCUCGAAGGCUUCUGGCGUCGAUAGACGGAGGGACGCAUCUUACAUACACAGAUAACAAAUGCGACUGUACUUAGUAGCGAUAACCGUAAGGAUGGCGAAUACAUAGUUGCUCGAAUACGACCACG